ACACCGAACAGGAGGUUCUUCCGAAUGCACAAAGCUCUAGAUGGCAAUGCUGAUGGUGAUGUGUGCUACCGCACUAUCAACUUGUAUGCCACACACCGCUUCAUCUAUUUCUUUUCAGAUGCUCCUCACCUAGUGAAAACAACACGUAACUGCCUCUACAGUUCUGGCCAUGGAUCAUGUACCAGGUACAUGUGGAAUGAUGGUCAUUUUAUUCUUUGGCAGCACAUAGCUCACCUAUUUUACCAAGAUGAUUGGAAAGAAAGCAUAACCAACCGACCUGGGAAUUUUUCCAAAAAUGCCCAAAGCCGUAUGCUUUUAUCCUGGCAGACUUAUGAAGGUUUGCAAAUUACAGCCCACUCUGCUGUAGAAGCAACAAAUUUCCUCCUGGGUGAAGGUAUGGAAUAUGUACUUACAGAGAGAAAUUGCCAGGAUUCUGUCAAAGAGUACUUUGACAACCAAAGAAAGCUGGGACGAAGAAGUGACAAUCCUGACAUGAGAACAUUUGGGUACAAUAACAAUACCAUCAUGGUCCAACGUGCAGUGUCCUGCCAAUCAGGUAACGCAAGAGGAAGAAGAGAUAGAGACAAGGCAUGGAUUAAUAUUUCAAACCAUCCUGUCCCAAAGGAAAAAAAAAGACAAUGAGUAAUAGGCCCAAAAAGAGAUUCAUUUCUAUUUAAGUUCACAUUCAACUACGUAUAAUAACAUUGUAUUAGUAUGUUCUAAGAAACUAGCUUCCAAAGGUUUUAGCUUUAAUAAAUAAAUGUAUAUACAGUAGCAUGUUAGAUAAGAAACUCAACAUUAACUAUGACUAGAAAUGCUGAAAAUAAACAAGUUACUCCAUGUUAGAUACUUUAACUAUAUAGCCUUUAUACUCAUUUUUGUCUAUAAAAUAAUCAUCAAUGAGCAAUAUUUAAUAUGUUGCAGGUUGUAGCUACCAAAUUAAUCUUUUGUAAUAAAUUACUUAUUGACAAAUUGUUGCAGGCUCUUACUAUAUCUGCCUUUCUUGUUCUUUGCUGGCUCUACAAAUUUCCUUUCAUAGUGCUUUUGUCUUCAUUUGUUUACACUGAAUUUUGUGUUUCUGUAUAACAUCUUUGGCCAGUGAAAAACACUGUACAGUAACAUAUAAAUGAAUAAUGUUGUCCAAUACAUCUUUUGCAAUGCUGUUAUCUACCACUAUGUCUGAGUCCAACAACAUAGUGUUAUAUGCUGAGACCAAUUGAACAUCACAAGCUGAUUUGGAUUCUAUCUUAGCAUUGUCAAUCUUCAGCUGGAGACUU